AUGAAUAAAGAAGGACAAUCUGACGUAUCUCCUAUGAAUGUCAACGACGGCGACGCCAGGUCAAGCGGCUCGAUCGCUCCCCAAAAGUACCGUCCGUCAGCGACAGCACUGUUCCGACAAAAAGCCAACACUGAGGGCUUUCUCGUCCCAAACGAGGAUCCUGUUCAAGUUCUUUGUAACUCCCUACAGUUCUCGACGAACUCUACUUUUGACACUAUACGAAGGCAAUGGCGUUGUGCUAAUAUCGCCACUCUGGCAACAAAUGUUAAAUAUUGGUUGGAUGACGACAUUGACCUCUCAAAAUGCUCUUCUUGUGAGUUGCAGGCCUUCAUGCAGAAGAGUCUGAGCACUAUGGAGUUCGAGUAUGAAUUCACACUCCCAGUGAUCACUAUGGUUGUGAUAGUAUGGCUCACCGACAUCAACCAGAAGAAUCACAUUCGUCGCAGUCUGGUGGUAUCGUCACUCCAAGCAUGGUUCGUUAAUCCAUCUAACUGUGCUACCUCCCAGGAUAUAGAGUCAAUGUGUCGAUCAACUGGCUCGGUUGACUAUUACACUUCCCCAGGGUAUAGUCUUCUCAUGUCGGAUGCAUGGGAAUCGUCAUGGACUGAUAUAUUCUCUGUGAUCAUGCAUCAUUUGAUGAAAAACGAAGAAUACACUUUGGAUGUCAACACUCUGCGCGUUGACUGGCUCAAAGUGUACCAACGUGGGCGUUCCUUGGCCAUUUAUAUAUCUGAGGAGAAGGAGAAGUUUGAGAAGUAUGCUGAUGCUCUGGUUCGGCUCUCAAUUUCUCUUCCAAGCGAUUAUGAUCGUGUGGUUAACCUUGUUCGCAAGGCUGAUCAAAGUGCCAGGAAGUUUAUCUCCAAGCACAUCAGAGACAAGCGGCUCGCUGUUCAUAAGCUGUCCUAUGAGUCCUGCCGCCAACUGUUGCUGCAACAUCACAGAUCAUCUACUCUUCUCCUCCCUUGGGAAGACAAAAAGGAUCGUGGUCCUAAGGGUGAUCCAAUCGAUCAGACUCAUUCAUCGUCGACGGUAUCGGCCAUGGCUGACAAGGUAACCACUGAAGACCACCCUGACGAUAACCCCCAUAAAGGAAAACCUGCGAAGAAAACUGAUGCGACUAAGUCAUCGAGAUCCCCGUGCAAGUGGUGUCAUAAGCGAAGCCAUACGGAGGAUGCCUGUUGGUACAACCCUAUCAACAUGGGCGGUGCACCGGCUGGCUCUUCUACAUCUACAUCUCAUCUUCCAUCAUCAUCAACAUCGUCGCCACAACCUCAGUCCACGGCGGUUACAACCACGACUUCAUCCAUGACUGGUCUCCCGCCAAAGCCUAGUUCAAUCUCUUCUCCAUCAUUGAGGCCCGAAAUGAGAGAAUCAUCAUCAUCUCCAUCGUCAUCGACAUCUCAGCCAGCUCCGGCUCCCAAGAAAGCCGGGAAGUCCCAGAAACCGGCAGAGAAGUCGAGUGGUACUCAAGAUGGUCCAAUAACCCGCUCUCAGACGGGUAAAUUACCCUCACCAACAGCAACUACCUUUGCAGUCGGUCAUGCUUCUACCUCAUCUCUUCACUCUGCUUCACUGAUGUCGAUUGAUAUUCAACUUUCUUCGACAGAAGCUAACUAUGAGUGCAUCAUUGACACGGCAUCGGUACACACCCUCAUUGGCCCCCAAAUUCUACAACUACCAAACGUCAAGAGCUCGCCUUGCAAUGGUCAAGUCUCUGUCUUCAAUGGUCAAUCUAUCUCCUUCUCGCAUGAGGUCAUCAUACCGGCAAGGUUUCCCGGCAUUGAUAUCCACUUCAACGUUAAAGCCUAUGUAUGUGCCUCAACUUCAAUGCUGUCCAACUCCCAACUGUUGCUCGGCAUAGGCACAUUGACUCGUAUGAAGGCUGAGAUUGACGUUGCGAAUGGUAGAUUACAUAUUGGCGCAUUGGAAGUCACUGUACCAUCUCGUGCGACUUCAUCAACUCCGGUGGCCUCAGUUUUGUCAUUGACUACAUCGGAAGUGUCGUCAGAGGCGUCAACUCUCUCCAAUCAUGUGAGUGAUGACAUUGCAACAAGAUUUGAAGACUUUACUAUACCGAUCGCGGAUUACCACUUCAAGCAUCAUCAUCCUGUUCUCCGUCCAAAAAGAUGGAACACAGGAACUCGUCAGAAGAUCUGUUCGGAUCUCCUUGACGACUUACAAUCUCAAGGCGUGGUCACUGAGGUCAAUCCAGAUGACACCAUGCAUUUUGCGCAAGCACUUGCAGUUCCUAAGAAAUGCUCAGCACAGCCAACUGAGUACCGUCUGGUGGUGGAUUUCAGAGCUAUCAACCAACGCCUUGCGAUUAAUCAACCUACCCGUGACCUUCUACCUUACGUGGACAGCCCCAAGACUCUGUUACAGUCCAUACCAUCAAGCUCAAGAUUCUACAGCUGUCUCGACAUUUCUAGUGCCUAUCACUGUGUACCACUCUCCGAAAGGGCCAGAUUAUGCACCGGCGUCACGGAUGGUAAGCGAUAUUUUCUUUAUAACCGACUUGCACAAGGCCACAAGUAUUCAUCGUACUGGUGGUGUUACUCUUUGAAAUGUGUUCUGGCCAGAGCAUUCGGCGUUGACAUCAGUCAACUCUCCGACUGCGGUGUCACAGUCUACGUUGACGACAUCGUGUGCUUCGGUGACACUAUCGAGCAGUGUCAAGCUCGGGUUGACUUCGUUACAGCUGUCUUGCAACACCUUGGAUGGCUCACGAAUGACCGCAAGUUUCAACCUCCAUCUACAAGCAUAGAGGUAUGUGGUCUGCGAUUGGUUUCGGGCCAGUGGUUCUUGUCUGACCAUCACCUACAGCAAGUUCGGCAACUUCGUAACCAAUUGCCCAAGACCCCCCAUGACUUACGGUCCAAGCUCGGCAUACUCCAAUUCUGUCGGAUGUUAUGGUAUAAUCCACGAAGGCCUGAACAAAGUGGAACUCAUCAUGCUGAUCAUAGCCUCUCGGCAUUGGCUCGCCCAUUCAACGACCUACUGACCGACUAUACCUCCCGUAACCUUGGCAACAGUAAGAGGGUCAAACUACAAUGGGAUGAAGCCUUGCAGCGUCGAUGGGAGCUCAUAUUUGAUCACAUGCAGGAAGAGAAACUAUCACUACACUGUCUCGGCGAGCCCUUGGGUAGCGAUAUGAUCUGGGUCCUGACCUUUGACUCUUCUGAGACAGCAGCGGCAGGAUCCAUCUUCAAGUCGAGACGGCCACACGACCUCAACGACAUUGACCACGAUUAUCUCCAAGGAACCGAGAGUGUACUUGUUGAUAGUUGGUCUGAGUGUUAUCAUGGUUCAAGUAUUCGAUGGCCUAUUCAUGAUCGUGAAGCAUAUUCAUUGGUCCGCACUCUAGAGCGGUACAAAUACUUGCUCAUAUCUACCAUACCUCCCAUCGACGAUGCCUCAGUGAAUGACUCUGCUCAUUUCGUUGUCCUUGGUGACAACAGUGUUACCAUAUCAAACUUCCAACAGCUCAACUUCCCUGCUGAUGGACUCCGUGGGCGACGAUGGAUUAGCUGGUAUGAACGUAUAUGGCCGUUAUCAGAGUAUAAGGUUCACUACAAGCACAUUGCGGGUGAGACCAACUUCCUUUCUGAUGCAUUCUCAAGGAUAAUCUCCGAUCUUGUUCCCAUACCCUCAAGCGACCUUGUUUUCGCUGUGGUGGGGGGCGAAACCAUCCCGGACAACUCCGACGUGGGUUUUGAUGAUCAAGACAAUUAUGAUCACGAUGAAGAUCUCCCGGCCUUACGGGAAGUAUUACGAAGGUCAUCACCAACUCGCCUACGCUUAGCUGAACUACAGAAGAAUGACACUUCAACUCUCUACUGUGGUGCUACGCUGGCUUCGAUCUAUGACGAAGUACAACAAUUGGAUGCUACAGAAGGUUAUGACACUAAUGCCGAGUUUCGCAGUCCGGCUAGAGCUGUUGCUCAGUCAGGACGAUUCAUCAUGGACUCUGACGGCCUCCUUCUCACCAAAGUUACCUAUGAUGGACAAGAGCAUAUUGUCCCUGUUAUACCUGAUGGUGGUGACUUCAGAGACUGCCUCGUUCUUCCCUAUAUUAUUGAUAAUACGACGGAUGUUGUGCCUGAUCCCCAACAAGCCCUAACUGCUAAGCAGUUCUUCGUCUGGUUGUUUCACGAUGGUCCGAUACACAUUGGCCGGUCUCGCACUUACACCAUGGCGAGACGAAAUAUAUGGUUCCCCAGUAUUAGCACUUAUAUACGGAACUAUGUCAGAAGGUGCCCAACGUGUGCUCCAACUUCCCUACAUCAUCAUCCCCCAACACCAUUAAAGACUGUCCCAUUGGUGACUACUCGCUUCAAGCAUCUAGCUAUAGAUCAUGUUGAUCCUCGUCGACCUAAUGUUGGUCAACUGACGGUCAUCUUGUCUAUAGUCGAUCUCUCAACUAAUUGGGUGUGCUUCGUACCUGUCAAAGAUCAUAGUGCUCUGGUGGCAGCCGAAGCUAUCUAUACUCAUUGGAUUGCCAAUUUUGGAUGGCCGGCGUCUAUCCAAAGCGACAAUCAUCAAGCUUUCUGCUCCAAGUUAUGGGAAGCACUUGGUCUACUAUGCGGACUUCGCCUACCUAGAAGCACGGCCUAUUAUCCACCGGGCAAUGGAGCUAUUGAACGCAAAAACAGAGACUUACGUUCGCUAUUAAACAAGUUUGAAGGUUAUGAUAGAUGGGAUUUGCUCUGCAAAUUGGGUCAGAUGGUUCUUAACACUAGUACUGCCUCUGAGCACGACCUGUCUCCGUCAUCUCUCGUACUUGGCACUAAGGAUAUAUCGCCUACCCCAAUUCAUCUUUUUGUACCUAACAUCACCUCUGCUGACUCCGGAGACAUGUCCACUAUCACCAGCACUGAUCAGUAUCUUCAUCUUCAACAACUUCGUCAGCAAGUGGCGGAAUCUAUUGAUACUUGGUUACAGGAGUCUAUCCUACUUCGUACUGAUGAGAGAAUAAAAGAAGUGGACAGAAGAAAUUGCUCUUCUCCAUCAUCAAACUCUUCACCAUUAUCUACUGGCCAGCGCGUUUUCUUCAAGCCUAAUGGACCGUCUGUGCAUCUUCGUCGAGGCACAAUAGCCAGAUGUCUAAACCCUUCUACUGGUGUCUACGAUGUUAUGUUCGACGAUGAGCCCAACAAGUCCUCUUCCAUCAAUGGUCGUCUACUAAUUCCAUUCGAUGAACUGGAUCAACGUGAACACGUUUUGAGAUUUUUCUCUAAUCCCGACGUUGAAUAUACUAAGGAUGAUAUUCUGGCGGUCAACUUCGCUGAUGAUUCUACACGAUUCUACUUCGCUGAAUUCAAAGACAGGGACUCUGAUGGCCAUCUAAAGCUACAGCCCUUACAACUGCAAGGCGCAAGACUGAUGCCGUUGUCUACUAUUUUGCUAGCGAGUCCUGACCAAGUGAACUAUGAUGUUCCACCCUUCAGGCUACAAGGACGUCGACUCAUACCGCGAGCAGUUCUACAGCGGUUGGUGACCCUGGGAUUCAAUCUUCAACAAGCUAAUUAG